AUGGAGAAUAAUUACUCGACCCCCAUCUCUCCUACAUCGCCUAACGUCUUUCGACCCCGCCGAUCGGAUGACUGGCACGAGUAUCGUGAAAUCAUCGAACAACUCUACCGCAAUGACCAGUUGAAACUACGCGAUGUGAAACGCAUCAUGGAAAGGGAUUAUAAGUUCUUUGCAUCAGAAAAACAAUACAAAGAUCGUCUUGCUGCAUGGCAUGUUCGAAAGAACAUCAAAGCCAAAGAAGUCCAUCUCAUGCUCCGCAAGCAACAGAAACGCGCUGCCCAAGGCAAACAGACAGCCUUCCGGGUAAACGGCCAGAAUGUCGAUCCAAAACGUAUCGCCCGCUUCGUGCGUCGUUAUGGGACAUCAUGGGAUACCAACCGAGACAAGAAACCAGACACUGAGCCACAGAGCCCCGAGCCUCAAACACCGUCCGACAUGACUUGCUACACACCAGAGCCAACAGACGAACACACCGUCACAACGCCCAUCUCACCACUACCCGACAUGCAAUCGCCAACCCGAGAGAUGCCGCCCUACUCACUCGGCUCAUACGGUAAAUCCACGGCCGUUCCGGUGAGUGUGAGUGUACCGAAUGAUAUUGAUGGAAGAUAUUUCGCUCUAGACCCAAACCACCUCGAAAACCUGCCCGAUCUGGAACUGGAAGAAAGCCCGUCCAUGCCGAUGUCUAUGCACUCAAACCAGCGUCAUAUCCAGUCCUACCACCAUUCAAUAGGCAACCAUCUCUCGCACGGUGCACACGGGUCUCACAGCUCUCACGGCUCGCAUGUACACAGCCCUCAUGGCUCUGGUGCACACGCUGCUCACAAUGCUCACAAUGCUCACACCGCGCAUGGUCACCCUGGGCCGGCACCGAGGGAUCUCGAGGAUGCUCCCAGUGAAGCGGAUACCCAUCCGCCGGACUGGAAUACGGUUGAGUCGUUCCAGACCAGACUGCAGGAUUUGGAUUUUACGCUUACGCAGUCGAUGUCGAAGUGGGCUAGGGAUCAGGAUCCUAAUCAUGAGCCUCCUCAUCAUGAGGGGUUGGGGAUGUGA